GGAAAAAAAAAUAAUAAUUAUAGUUCAUUUGCCAUCUCAGACCUUAACCCCUCCAUGGGGUUUACCAAUUCAUUUCCAGUUUCCCCCAUUUCCUCAACUUUCCCGAGAACCAAACACCAAUAAAAAUUCUGUUACAGAAAGAAGAAGCUUUCGAAGAUUCGCUUCCCGUCUUUUCCUUCACUAGCCCAAUCUAAUCGUCAUCUCCCAUGUCCGAAUCAGAAACCCCAACGAAUCUCUGAAUUCCUAUUCUUCCUUCCCCAAUGGAUUUCCUCGAAUUGGAGGCGAUCGAGGGCCUCCGGUGGUCCUGGAACUCGUGGCCGCCGUCGAAGCUGGACUCGGCAGCUCUGAUCAUCCCUCUCAGCGUCAUCUGCACGCCAUUGAUGCCCCAGCCGGAGCUCCCGAUCCUCCCUUACGAGCCACUCCUCUGCUCCCAAUGCGGCGCCGUUUUGAACCCCUACGCCAGGGUCCAGUACCCCUCUCGCCUCUGGUUCUGCCCCUUCUGCCAUGGCAAGAACUCCUUCCCCCCCUCCUACGCCGGCAUCGCCGAGACCAACCUCCCCGCCGAGCUCUUCCCCUCCUACAGCGUCGUCGAGUACGCGCGCGAUCGGAAGGUCGCGCCCACGCGCGCCCCGUCCGGUUUGAGCCUCAACUACAACCACCACGGCCACGGACUGUCGUCCUCGUCUACGCUCUCGCUUUCGUCCAUGGCGUCGUCGCUGCCGUCGUCGUCGGAUUUGCGAGGGGUUGGAAUGCUAGGUCCCGCGUUUGUGUUCGUUGUCGACGUUUGCUCGGCCGACGACGAGCUUCGAGGACUCAAGAACGAGCUCCUGCGCGUCGUGGAGCAGUUGCCGGAGGAUUCUCUGGUGAGUCUGAUCACGUUUGAUUCGAUGGUUCGCGUUCAUGAUAUCGGAUUCAGCGAGUGCUCGAGGGCCAUUUUGCUCCAUGGAGAUCGCGAGUUGUCUUCGGAUCAGACCCAACAAUUUCUCGGCUUGAAACAUACGAAGCAAAAGCAGAUUGGAACUACACCAGUUAUUCAGAAGCAGGGAUUUUUAAUGCCGGUAUUUGAAUGUGAGUUCAAUAUCACUACUGUGAUCGAAGAGAUUCAUUGUUCGCGUGAAGUUCUGCCGGGCCAUCGCCCUCAGAGAUGUACAGGGGCAGCAAUAUCAGCUGCAAUUGGGCUUCUGGAAGGAUGCUCUGUAAGCACUGGUUCCCGGAUCAUGGUUUUCACUUCUGGACCUGCAACUCAUGGUCCAGGAAUUGUUGUGGACUCGGAUCUUGGUAAUUCCAUAAGAACUCACUGGGACCUUAUCAAUGGUUGUGCACCUUACUACAAAAAAUCACGCAGUUUUUACAGGAGAUUGGCACAGAGGUUAUCGGAGUCAUCAAUUAUUCUUGAUUUGUUUGCUUGUUCUCUUGAUCAAGUUGGAGUAGCUGAGAUUAAGGACACUGUUGAGAGCUCGGGUGGUUUUAUGAUGUUGGGAGAGUCAUUUGAAUCAGAUCAAUUCAGAAACUGUUUGCAGCACAUUUUUACUCGUGAUGAAGAGGGAAACUUGAAUAUGUAUUUCGAUGCGACAAUUGAAGUAGUGACGACGAAAGACGUAAAAAUCUGUGGAGCCCUUGGCCCUUGUGUUUCUCUUAAAAAAUGGAACAAUCUAGUGAGUGAUGAUGAGACUGGAGAGGGUGGCACCUAUAUCUGGAAGUUGGGUGCACUCACUCAUAAAACAAGCAUUGCAUUGUUCUUUCAAGUGAGUGAUGAGCAGGACCCGCAACCUGGAUCUGCAUUCUUCAUACAAUUUAUUACAAGAUUCCGACAAGGGAACAUGGGAAUCCGGGAAAGAGUGACAACUGCUGCAAGAAGAUGGGUCGGGAAACGAGCACCCGAAAUCGCUGCAGGGUUUGAUCAAGAGGCAGCGGCUUGUGUGAUGGCCAGGCUUGCUAUUCAUCGAGCAGAGAGUCGUCAUGCCCGAGAUGUCAUCAGAUGGCUGGACGACGCAUUAAUCCAUUUUGCUUCCAAGUUUGGAGAUUACGUGCUGGAGGAUCCAUCUACGUUUCGCUUGUCGACCAACUUCUCCCUUUAUCCCCAGUUCAUGUACUACCUAAGGAGAUCUCAAUUUAUUGAUGUCUUUAAUAGUACUCCAGAUGAGACCUCUUUCUUUCGGCUAAUGCAGGUUGGAUCACUUAUCAUGAUCCAGCCUACGCUUUUCCAAUACUCCUUCGACGGCCCACCGGUUCCUGUCCUCCUAGAUGUUCGCUCCAUCUGUCCGGAUGUAAUCUUACUAUUCGACUCAUACUUCUACGUGGUUAUUCAUUACGGAUCCAAGAUUGCUCAAUGGAGGAAGCUUGGCUAUGAUAAGGACCCGAACCACGAGAAUUUAAGAAAGCUGCUGCAAGCCCCCGAGGUCGAUGCAGAGCAGUUGGUUGCCGGACGAGUUCCAGCACCAAGGCUUAUAAAGUGUGACCAAUAUAGUAGUCAUGCAAGGUUCCUUUUAGCCAAGUUGAAUCCUUCUGUUACCCAGAAUUCGACGUACACAGACGGGUCUGAUAUUGUUUUCACAGAUGAUUUGAGUUUGCAAGUCUUUUUAGAUCACUUGCAGGCCCUGGCGGUGCAGGGCUGAUAAGUUGGAGCUCUGUAAAUACUUUCAUCUGUUUAUCUAUAUUCUAUAGUUCAUACAGAGAGGAGUUUUGUGUAUAGCUUCAAACGGAAUAGAUUGUCCUUUUGUCUGUAACAACAUACGUGUUAAAGUUUGCUUUUGAGCCAGU